AUGGCAAAGAUACUCUUCGCUUCUAAAACACGUCCCUGUUUAUCUGUUUUGGGAACUUUCCUUCUGCUCCUCAGAUCAGAUAUUGUUCACAGCGAUGCUGUGUUUCAGUCACAUUCCCAGAUAUCCAUCACAGAGGGACAAGAAGCAGUUUUGCCCUGUAAUUUCAGCACUACGGAUAGCAGCCCUUACCUGUUUUGGUAUCGGAAAUUCCCUAAUAAAUCUCCAGAGCACCUACUGACAAAAAUUAAGUCAUCUUCUUGGGAUCAAAAACUUUCCUCGGCCAAAUAUUCUGCAACUUUGAAUCUGGAAACAAAGACCGUCGAUUUGAAGAUUAAGGAUGUUUCUCUCCAGGAUGCCGCCGCGUAUUUCUGUGCCCUGAGAGCCACAACAGGAGGGUUUGAGAAGAUGGUAUUUGGCCAGGGGACCAGGUUAACAGUCCGACCAGGUAUCCCCACAAAAGACUUCUGCAACAGCAGCAGAGGUUUGACAGUAGAUAUCGAAAAGGUUUCAGCCACUGUGUGGGGAACAGGAAGCGCCUUCGGGAAAGUCAUUUUUGGAAGAGGCACCAAACUCUCUGUAAAUCCCACCAAUUUUUGUCAAGGAAAGAUGCACUGUGGGUAUGAUGGCAACUGGAAGCUGAUCUUUGGUAGUGGGACUAAGCUGGUUGUGACACCAAAUCUUGAGAAUUCUGAACCUUCCCUCUAUCAACUAAAAUCACAGGAAAGGGAACAUGAAAACAUCUCUGCUUGCCUCAUCACUGACUAUUUCCCUGGCACCAUCUCAGCAGGACUGAAUGACAAUGUGAAGCCAGUCGACAGCUCAUUAGUGGUAACGGAAGAUGGCGGCAACUCAGUGCCCAGCUAUGGAACGGUCCUCUGGAGCAAUGGAAACUUUGAUUGUCACGCUGAUCAUGGAGGAAAACGUUACAGCCUCCCAGAAGAUGCUGAUGAUGCUGAUGAUGCCUGCCUAGAAGAAGACUUUAAGACAGAUGAAAGACUAAAUUUCCUUUCUCUCACGAUGUUGGGAUUGAGGAUUAUUUUCCUGAAGACAGUGGCCGUCAACCUGCUUCUAACUUUCCGCCUGUGGUCUUGCUAA